CACCCCAUCACCGCGAUCUCCCUCGCUUUCCAUCUCUUAUGUUCACUCGUUUAUUCAUGUCCUCUUGUCGUCCGGAUAUUUAGAUAAGCUGAAUUGAAGUGUCAAAGCACAAAAACAGGGCGGACGGAACUUGAUCCAAUUUGGAUCCUCGCCAUCCCCAACUCCCCUUACCGUAGAUGUCCGUCUGAACUCAAGUUUCCGGAGACACCAAAACAUACUCUCUCCUUUGUCCCCUGGACAACUGGUACCCCUUGGUACCCCUGGCAUUAUCUCGUCCCGCAUUCCGCUUGAAUUCUUCGUUGUUUAACCAUGAGAUUCUUUUCGCACUUAUCGUCGGCGUCCGCCAGUCAGACAUGCACCAAUUUCAUAUUAUUUAUAUUGCUAGGGGCCCAGGCGGCUCAGGCUCAGCAAGGAAUUCCGUUGGACAUUAAAGAUCCAAAUUCGAUCAAGAGUGCAGCGAAAAUUGUUGCUGAGAAAAUGGUUUCCUAUUACACUGGCUGGAAACCAGGAGAUGUGCCUGGCAACUUGCCCGACCCAUACUUCUGGUGGGAAGCUGGUGCCAUGUUCGGCGCGUUAGUUGAUUAUUGGUACUAUACUGGCGAUGAUCAAUUCAACAACAUUACGACGCAGGCGAUACUUUUUCAAGUGGGGAAAAAUAAGGACUUCCAGCCUGCUAACCAGUCCCAGACCUCUGGGAACGACGAUCAGGGGUUUUGGGGAAUAACUGCUAUGGGUGCCGCCGAGGAUAAAUUCCCGAAUCCGCCCCCUGACCAACCGCAAUGGCUUGCUCUGGCUCAAGCAGUUUUCAACACACAAGCAGUCCGGUGGUACAACGCGACCUGUAAUGGCGGCCUGAAGUGGUCCAUCAACACUUGGGGACGCGGAUAUAUAUACAAAAAUACCAUUUCGAACGGAUGCUUCUUCAAUCUUGCUGCCCGACUAGCGCGGUACACAGGCAAUGAAACAUAUUUUCGCUGGGCGGAAUCGUCCUGGAAUUGGGUGAGCGGCGUUGGCCUCGCCAGCCCAAAAUUCGAAUAUUACGAUGGCGCAAGCGAUGCUGGAACCGAUAACUGCACCGAAAAAAAUCACAUACCUUGGACUUAUAAUGCUGGAAUCUUCAUGUCCGGAAUCGCCAGCAUGUACAACAUUACAACUGGCAAGGAACAAGAGGCUUGGAAACAACGUCUCGAAGGAACCAUCAAGCAAACAGAGAUUACGUUCUUCCCGGAAAGGAAAGGUCGAGUCAUGACCGAAGUUGUUUGUGAGGAUGCACCGGGCAUCAAAGUGUGUAAUGCAGAUCAGCGGUCAUUCAGAGCUUACCUUUCCCGCUGGAUGGGCCUGACCGUAAAACUUGCCCCGUUCUCGAAACCCCUGAUCAUGCCAAUGCUGCAGCGGUCUGCCGAAGCUGCCGCGAGGCAGUGCAGUGGGCCAGGCAAUGUCUGUGGUUUGCGCUGGUCGCACCAAGACAAGUGGGAUGGUGACCAAGGUGUGGGCGAGCAAAUGGCAGCGAUGGAGGUGCUCCAAAAUAACCUAGUUGACCUAGUUGCCGGCCCUGCAGACGCGAAGACCGGUAUUAGCAAGGGUGACCCAAAUGCGGGAGAGCGUGUAGGUAGCAAGCCCGUCGAAUUUUCAGAAAUUACAACCGGUGAUAAAGUUGGGGCUGGCUUUGUGACAUCGAUAAUCUUGUUGGCUGUUCUUGGCGGCGCUUGGUGGUUGGUUUCCUAAAUGCGAAGAAAUAAAUGGGCGUAGGGCAGAACGGCUGGCGUGUUGGAUAUCGAAAGAUGAACGUAGUUCAUAAGGUGACAUCAUUCGUUUCUAGGGGGUAAGUGGAUCAAGAGUUUUGCCCGAUAAGAAUGAAGGAACCUGCUCUCUCUUCUAUAAUGUCCAUGUUUCAUGCUUUUAACAUUCGAAUUUUUCAUUCCCAGCCCUGUUUAUUUCACUUACCGGUGGGAACUGGCUGGUAGUAGGAGGAUGUUUUUGUCCAUUUUUCUUCCAUUGCCUGACUUCCCACCACUGUCCGGUGUUUAUUUAUUUGCAUAUAACCAUUAUCUAUUGGUUUUAUCCGGCAUCGCUUGCGGUUCUAUUGCCGCCUUUUUCCUCUAUGAUUCUUCAUUAUUUCUCAUUGCUUGCAAUACUCCGUGUCUCUUGAUUCCUCCAUUUUUCGUACUGGUCCUUUCUUCCACUUUCUUCCUUUCUCAUUUAUUUUUCAUUGUCCCUCUGUAACUUAUCCUGGGUUGGGCAAAACAUGUUAUUUUGUGGUAUUUUCAUCUUAUAUUAGUUAUUAUUAUGUGUUGUAAAGGAAUGAAAAAAGAAGAAAAAAUUU